AUGAAGUCCUCAGUCUUCAUCCUCUCUCUGCUCCUCAUUCUGGAAAGACAGGACGCUGUAGUUGGGCAGUAUGGCGGCUUCACGAAAGGCGGCUUCACUAGUAGCUCGUCAGGAUUUAUGGAAGGUCAUGUCAGUUAUGGGCUCAAAGGAGGCAGUGAUGAUGCAGCUGAAGAAAGUGUUUUCAUGCAAACAAAACACCAAGUAUAUGGCCAGGAUGGUGAAAUGUCACAGUCGCGUCUUUCACAAGAACAUACAGGAGUAAAGGGGGCUGCACUUUGUCGUAAAGGACAAGUGUCCCAACUAAAAUCCCAAGAAUCCCAAGUGAAAUCCUAUGGACAAGUGAAAUCCCAUGAAUCUCAACUGAAAUCAUCCUAUGGACAACUAAAAUCCCAAAACUCCCAAGUCAAAUCCUAUGGACAAGUGAAAUCCUACGGACAAGUGAAAUCCCAUGAAUCUCAACUGAAAUCAUCCUAUGGACAACUAAAGUCUCAAAAUUCCCAAGUAAAAUCUUAUGGCCAACUAAAAUCCCAAGAUGCCCAACUAAAAUCCUAUGGUCAACGAAAAUCCUAUGGUGAAGAAUCACAACUGAAAUCCUAUGGUCAACUAAAAUCCCAAGAAAGCCAACUAAAAUCCUAUAGCCAAGUAAAAUCUCAAGAUACCCAACUAAAAUCCUAUGGUCAAGCAAAAUCCCAAGAUGCCCAACUAAAAUCUUAUGGCCAAGUAAAAUCCCAAGACACCCAACUAAAAUCUUUUGGCCAACAAAAAUCCCUAAAAGGUUUUUCUCAACAAACUAAGCAUAAAGGAUUUGCUAUGAAUGAGGAGCUAUCACAAGUACGCAAGCAAUAUGAUGAUGAUGAGAGUUCUGUGCAACAAAAGUCUAGCCAGGUAAAAACAGAGGAAGAUUUAGCCCAAUUUGGACAACAACGCCAGUUUGGACAAGAACGCUCACAAUCCUAUAAAGGAUAUCUUGAACAGUACAAAAAGAAAUCACAAGACCACUAUCAACAAAGAAGAAAUUUUAAUCAAGAUAGCUAUUUUACAAAGGGAGGGGCAGACCUAUAUCAAACUCAACUCAAGGGAUAA